AUGACCCUUAUGAGCCGAUCGUACAAACAAUUGACUUCAAAAGCGUUGAAUAUAGGGUUAAGUGUGCGCUCACUUCACACCACAUUCACCCGCAAUGCCGUUCAAAGCCAGUCAUCACUACUUGUGGUGAAUGAGUCCAAUGGUGUCCGAGAAGUGCUCUUAAAUAACCCCAAAAAGAGGUGA